CCUAACGGAGACAAUAUACAUAAAGUCAUAAACUCCCUGUUGUUCGAUUUCUAACGAGGUGGGGGUAUCGGAGAGUACCAGUAGUAGCAGUAAAGCAGAAGAUUAAGGGCAAACCAAAUCAAAAUCAAAAUGGAGAAGAUGAGCCAGGCUAUGGAGAAGGUCAGGAUGCUCGUCGGAAUCGAAGUCGAAGAUAAUCAACAAGCCGAUGAAGAGUCAUCUUUCGCAUUCAUGGAUGACUUCAAUCGCAACUGUACUUUGUCCACUAAACAGAGACUUUAUGGUUUUGCCAUAUGCUUGGUUGCUGGUUUGACUUGUACACUUAUGUCAAUGCUAGUUUUCUUUAAUCCCAUAAAGUUUGGCAUAGCAUUCACCUUUGGAAAUUUGCUUUCACUUGGCAGCACAGGGUUCUUAAUAGGCCCUAAACGGCAAGUCAACAUGAUGCUUGACCCUGUGCGAAUUUACGCAACUGCCCUCUAUAUUGCAAGUAUACUGCUUGCCUUGUUAUGUGCUCUCUAUGUUCAUAACAAGCUGUUGACACUGAUUGCAAUCAUCUUAGAAUUUGGUGCUCUCAUUUGGUAUAGCAUGAGCUAUAUUCCUUUUGCUCGGGCGAUGGUCACAAAAAUCAUGGUGGCUUGUUUUGAUACUGAGUUGAGUGAAAUGACUUAAAUACCCCUCUUGUUUGUAUAUGAGAAUACGGAUUGGAGAUUGCGGCAUAUACUAUUAAUCAGACAUUGUAACAAUUAACAAAUGC